GCGCGCGAGGCGUGAGGCGGUGCUGAGGAUCUGAGGCCACGGGCAGCCAGACGCCGGGACUGUCCAGCGAACGAGCAAGCCAGCGAGUGAGCGAGCGGCGGGAACCCGCAGCCACAGCAGCCCCGGAGCCACAGCCGCAGCCGCCGUCCGCGGAGCCCAGCCCAACCGGCCAUGGCGCUGUCGAUGCCCCUGAACGGGCUGAAGGAGGAGGACAAAGAGCCCCUCAUCGAGCUCUUCGUCAAGGCCGGAAGUGAUGGUGAAAGCAUUGGAAACUGCCCCUUUUCACAGAGGCUCUUCAUGAUCCUUUGGCUCAAAGGAGUCGUGUUCAGUGUCACAACCGUUGACCUGAAAAGGAAACCUGCAGAUCUACAGAACUUGGCUCCUGGGACCCACCCGCCAUUUAUAACCUUCAACAGCGAAGUCAAGACGGAUGUGAAUAAGAUUGAGGAAUUUCUCGAAGAAGUCUUGUGCCCACCCAAGUACCUAAAGCUUUCACCAAAGCACCCAGAGUCGAACACUGCUGGAAUGGACAUCUUUGCCAAAUUCUCUGCUUACAUCAAGAACUCAAGACCAGAGGCUAAUGAAGCGCUGGAGAGGGGGCUCUUGAAAACGCUGCAGAAACUGGAUGAGUACCUCAACUCUCCCCUCCCCGACGAAAUCGACGAGAACAGCAUGGAGGACAUCAAAUUUUCCACACGUCGGUUUCUGGACGGCGAUGAGAUGACAUUAGCAGACUGUAACCUGCUGCCCAAGCUCCACAUUGUCAAGGUGGUGGCCAAAAAAUACCGCAACUUUGAUAUUCCUAAAGGAAUGACAGGCAUCUGGAGGUACCUGACAAACGCCUACAGCAGGGACGAGUUCACCAACACCUGUCCCAGCGACAAGGAGGUGGAAAUCGCGUACAGCGAUGUCGCCAAGAGACUUACCAAGUAGACAGCACUUUCGAGAGAGAUGCCUUCCGAUCCCCCGAGAAUCCGCUUUCCUAACAGACUGCUCCGCCUCCUAAAGUAGAAGUGUAUUUUGCAUGAACACACAGUUACUCAAGACUAGGAGUAAGGCUAGACAGAGUAGGCCUCUCCAGUACACACUCCUGAGCAGUAUUAUUCUAAACUCCUCUACCCAGCCCACCUACCCUACCCUGCCCUGCCCAUCUGCUGCCCUCCAGUUUGGAGGCACUUCGCCACAAGCGUGUCACCCAAGAGGCAGUUUGCUGUCACUCUGGAGCCCCGACCAUCACGUCCCUUCACUGUGUAGAUGGCAGAACUUGAGGUGCUAUGUUCCACCAUUAGAAAAGUCGCCUGCGACAUCAGUGGACCCCAUGUUGCUGUGUGCAUGGUAUAGGAACAUUUAUGUACUGGGGGAGUUGUAAUAUUGUGUAAGGAGUCUGGAAGGAUUACUACUGUGUCAGACGUGCUGUUUCAGAGUAGUCUGUUCUGGAGUGUCUGAGUGAGAAGGCCACUUCUGUAGAGACACUGGUUUCUAGGUAGACAUUUAAUUUUGACUAAAAUGUGUCAUUUGUAUAAAUUGUAACAUCCGAUAGAUACUACAUAGAAAAUGAAGGACUGAGGGGUUAGGAAGGCAUUUUCAAAAUGACAAGAGAAGGUUGGGUGGGGUCUCUGUCUAUCUUGCCUGCUGUGAGGGUAUCACCCAGGCCCACUUAUCCAUCUACAGCGAGUAGUAUGGCGGCCUUCCUUGUAACAGGCUUUUUCUUUUCUCUCUUCGUGGUGCUUGGGAUGGAACCCAGGGCUUUGUUUAGGCCUGACAAGGCUCUGCCCCUGAGCUGUGCCAAGCCCACCUCCCUCUGUGUACAAAGCUCCUUUCUUGGGUGACCAACAUCUUCCUGUCUUUGAGCAACCAAGGCCAGCAUGCGAGCCACCCAGAAGUUAAUUAAACCAGGUUCAUCGGGAGUUUGCUGAAAUGUUAAGCAUACUCUGUUCUAGAGAGGGAGUGAAGAAGGGGCCAUCUUAAACUCCCGUGAGGCCCAGGCCUCGUGCUCCUGCCCCACCUCCAUGUGCAUCAGACUGGGUGAGAGGUCCUUCACUUGUCUUGGGAUAAAUUGUAGUUGUCUUAGUGAGUGUGUAUUUCCACAGUUUUGCCUCAUGUCAGUCCCCACGCGGAAGGAUAGCCUUCUGUGUUCUUCUUGCCUUUGUUUUGAGACAGGAUGUUACUCUGAAACCCUGGUUGGCCUGGAACCUGAUAGGUGACCAAGCCAGCCUCAAACUCGUGGCAGCCCUCUUGCAUUUGCCUCCUGAAUUGGAGCUAGGAUUCAGCCUGCACCACCACGGCUGGCUUGUUUUCUCAUCUCUAAAAACAAAGUCUAAGCUAAAAGUUGUUUGCAGUCUAACAAAGGGGAAUGAGCUUUGUAAAACCAGAGGCCCCUCCCGCCCAGACAAAAUGGCCUUUCUCAGUAGUACUCCAGAGCCUGCUGUGACUUUGUGUACUGUGCUACAUUUUUUUUUAGUGAUCUUUUUAAAAACAUGUUCAAGAAAUGCUCUUUCUUAAAGUCGUCUCACUCCACAGUUCGCUGCUUUAAAGUGGCCAUGCUUUCCCCUACGCUGUGCUGACACUUAAAAUAAAUGCCAGCUUUAUGGAACCAUUCUGACUCAUGGCAGCUCCCUUUGAAAACUUACCAAUACUUCACCUAGCACGGGGGUCAGGGAGAGCUUGACAGUGGUCCCCGUGGCUCAGGGAGAUGCCGUGGCCACAGCUUUCACCCCAUUGCUAAUCAGGGUGUGAGCACCCUUUAUAUGCAAACUGGGUGGUGGUCUGUCUGGUUCCAGUGGGAGGUACCAUCUCUUCUCCUUUGAGAAAUGCCCCUGCAGUGUCUCCGUGGGUGGGGUGGGGUUGAGCUUUGACGAUUCCAGAGAAGAGGUCUCUGUUCUUCUGUGAGGGGCCAAGCGAGGGCUCCUGGGUCAGAGCUGUACUCACAGCAGAGGGUGUGCAGACAGGCCUUAGUGGGUGUGAGGUGCCCACGAUUGGGUGUUUAUUCUCUUUGGCUUCCUAAAUUGCCUCUUGGUUGCUCUUGCCGUCUCUGGAUAUCCAAGGAAAGUCUGUCUAGGUUUUGGCAAGGGUAGAAUUGUUUUCCUUUAUAGAGAGACACAGUUUUGUCAAGGAAGUGAAAACGGAUUCGAGAUUGGCAGAUGGACAGAAGCUUUAAAAAGGAAGAGCCCACAGCAAGCACUCUGACCCUGAGCCGAGAUCAUGGCUUACAGUCUUGAAAUGUGAACUGUGAUGUCUCCAUGCGGCUGAUGCAGGCCAUGGGCCGACAUCUACAGAGUGGCUCCUCCCUCGCUCUUGCUUAGCCUCCGAUCUGUAUAAGCCCUCCACCUUGGAGCCGGGAUUUUGAGUGGAGUCUGCCUAUUUUCCAGUGGAUACUAAGAAACUAUUAAACAGUGGGAAGCCUGGCUGUUUUAAGUACCGUCGCUUCCUUUUUGAUAUAGAUACAGACUUUGAAUACAAUGCAGUUUCCUCAGUAACAUUAGCUUUCGUAGCAGUUUAUACCAUAAGAUGUUCUGACUGGUUUGUACACUAGGUGGGUCAGCUAGUAGAAUUUAGGCAUUUAUACUUUUCCUGAGUUAUACUCCCAGAACCUCCUCAGAGUUGCAUGUAGAUAGCAUUUAUUUCUGCAUAUUUAAAAAAAAAAAAACCCAUUUAGGAAAUAUCUACAAAGAAGAAAUGAAAAAUAGUAAUUAUUUUUUCAUGAAGAUUUUGGUCCACACCUCAUUGAGUUGUAAUGGAUUCUCCAGUUUCUUGAGUUGGCAAUAAUCAACAUUUGGUUUGGAGAGCGAGCAUGAGAGAGCGUUUGUUAGUGAAACUCACAGACUUCUAAAAGUUCAUUGCUACAGUUAUCAAAGUGGGGGAAACUAAAAUUACCUUAUCAAGGAAAAAAUAUUAAGUCACAAGCCAUAUACAUUUAGCUCCCAAGCCAUAAUGCCGAACAGCUUUGGAGUAUCGUACAGAAAGCUCAUUACAAAAUGCUUGCGUUUUCUUUUCUCUGGAACAUCAACACCAGUGUAUUGCUGGCAGCUAUUGUAUUAAAAAAAUAAAUAUAUUUUCACUAUCAAA